GUUUAGUGAGUUAUUGUGAGACAAGUGGUGAAUGAAUGCAAACUAAUUGUCAUUGAAUUGACACAAAACUAAUCAUACAAUUGAUAUACAGUUGAAGACAUAAUUAAUAGCCAUAAGUAUGAGUCGAUUGAACGCUAAUAACAAACAAAUCGCUUGUAUUAAAGAGGACGUGAAGAUCAGCAUAACUGAGCGCUUGGACACCUUCCUCCGCGAUGACAGUCGCACCGAAAUAGUGUUUGAGUCGAGUCUGACAUCCAAUGAACGCAAAUAUAUACACAACUAUUGCAUCCAAUUCUCGCUGAAGACCAGAAGCCAUGGUUUUGGUGACAAGAGACGGAUAACUGUCUGGAAAAAAGACAACCAAAGUGUGGCCAAUAAGGAGAGCCUGUCAUUGACCGCCAAUUCGCAGCAUUUGGUCAUCAAUUUGAGACAAUUUCUGAAACAAACAAAUAGUUUGCAAACAAAUCGCAGCCUAAGAGGAGAG